AUGAUUAUCAAUAAGUUCGCUUCUUCUGAUCCUUUUGCUUAUCCCAAGGUUGCAUCUUGGAAAGUCGAUAAAGAUUGCUGCUCAUGGGACGGGGUCAAGUGUAGUGAGGUUACUGGUCAUUUGGUGGAGCUUGACCUCACUAGUAGUUGCCUUUAUGGUUCUAUCAACUCUAGCAGUAGUCUCUUCCACCUUGUCCACCUCACAUGGCUUAGCUUGGAUGAUAAUGACUUCAAUGGCUCCAAAAUCCCUUCUGCAAUUAAGAACCUUUCUAGGUUAUCAUAUCUGAGCCUUCAUUAUUCUAAUUUUUUUGGUCAAAUACCAUCAGAAGUCUUACAGCUCUCAAAGUUGGAGACUCUUGACACAGAUUCUAAUUUUAGCAUGAAGCUCCAAAAGCCAAGUUUAAGAAGCCUACUUGAGAAGUUAACUCAGCUUAAAGUCUUAUGUCUUGGUUACGUCAACAUUUCAUCACCAAUACCUGAUAUCUUGGCAAAUUUAUCUUCGUUGAUUGACUUAUCUCUCAAAGGCUGCCAAUUGCAAGGUGAAUUCCCUGUAAAAAUAUUCCAAUUGCCUAACCUUCAAAUGCUCAGUGUGCGGUCUAAUCCAAAUCUCUCUGGAUCCUUGCCAGAAUUUCAAAACAAAAGCCCCCUGGAAGUUUUGAGAGUUGCAAACACAAGUUUUUCCGGUGAGAUUCCAUAUUCAAUAGGGAAUCUUAAUUCCUUACUGAUCCUAGAAAUAAGUUCUUGCAAAUUUUAUGGAUUGAUUCCACCUUCACUUGGCAAUCUUACCAAGCUCACUUAUCUUUACUUAAAUGACAAUAAACUUUCUGGUGAACUACCAACUGCCUUUGGAAAUCUUUCUUCUUUAGAACAAUUAGACCUUUCUAUGAACGAUUUUUCAAGCUAUGAUUUUCGUUCAUUGUCAUGGAUGGCCAAGUGUGGUAAACUUACUUUUUUAAGCCUUGUAAAGACCAACUUACAUGGUGAAAUUCCCUCUUGGCUCAUGAGCUUAAAUACCCUUGCUCAAUUAAAUUUGAGCGAAAAUGAAUUAAAUGGUCCAAUCCCUUCUCAGAUUAGAAACUUGACGCAACUGAAUCUUCUUGCACUUAACUCAAAUCAAUUGCAAGGCCCAUUUCCUAGCGCUCUAUAUCACCUCUAG